GGCCCCCGUUUCCCGAUCUACCAAAGGCGGCUGAAACCGAUGGGUUUGUAAUACGUCGGCGCCGCGACGAGACUUCCGUACCGACCGACGGAGUACAUAGCGCACUUGUUCCUAUUUAAUUAAGGUGUCGUUCAUUAGUCAGUGAAGGAUAGGCAAAGGGCCCAAAACCUCGCUUAGGCCUUUUUUGAUUAAAGGGUAGUGAGUUUUGACCAUUGGAAUCUUUGAUAAAAAUAGGAAGUCUGCCCUAAAUUGCUUGUUUGAUGUUUGAUAAAAAUAGGAAUGUGGCGGUGAUGAAAAAGCCGACGAAGCUGGCUGAGAGGAAGAGCAGAAGAAAAACUGACGGGCAGCAGCCGGUGGUGCGUUCUCCUCAUUUCCGGAAUCAGCCGGUGGUGGAAAUAGGGACUCAUCCAGAACACGGUAAGCUAAUCUCCUCCGAGUCAGACCAUGUGAAUGUGCAUGUAGCGUCUGAGAUUAGAACCAGGAAAGAAAAGAGGAGGAGACGCCAUGAUGCUGGUGACAACGAUGGCAAUUGUGAGAUGGCAAAGAAGAAGAAGAUGGCCCAAGUAGAGGAGAAGCCAGAUACUAGUAUGCCCAUCCUGAAUCUUGACCAUGUGUUCUCUCAAUUUGCUUACAAGGGUGGUGCUGCUACUCUAUGCAAAUAUAAACGCACCAAGAUGCCCAGAAAGCCUUCCCAAAUUAUCUAUCCUUGUAGUCAGACUGGCCGGAACUCAAUUGAGGACCGUGCCACUAUGCUUGCAGCCUUGGAACAAGAACAGAAAGGGAAAAAGAAGGAAACUCAGUCAUCUGUGGGCAUCCGAAAGGUUUCUCGUUACUUCCCAAUUCCAACCUCAAGUGUGCAACCAGUGUUGGUAGAUGAGUGCAAGAAAAUUAAACUCUCCAAACGCCGUCAUGGAAAAACCUUUCAGAAGGAUGCCACUGAAGAAAAUAAUGCAGAUGGCAAUUUGUCGCAAAUUAGGAAAAGGAGCAAGAGAAAAUCUCCUGAAAUCAUGACAACUCUUAGUGCUUCCCAGAGGAGGGAUGAAGCAUACCGUAGGAGAACUCCAGAUAACACCUGGAUUCCUCCUCGCUCUGAAAUUAAACUCCUCCAAGAAGAUCACUAUCAUGACCCUUGGAGAGUAUUGGUUAUAUGCAUGCUUCUUAAUCGGACACAAGGAAAGCAGUUAAAAGGAGUUAUAUCAAAUUUCUUCAGUUUGUGUCCUACUGCGAAGGCUGCUACUGAGGUUGCCUUGCGGGAUAUAGAAGAGGUUAUAAGAUCUCUUGGUCUACACAAGAGAGCAGAGAUGAUACAGCGUAUGUCUGAGGAGUAUUUAGGUGAAAGUUGGACCCAUGUACCUGAGUUGUAUGGUGUUGGCAAGUAUGCAGCUGAUGCAUAUGCAAUAUUCUGUACUGGAAUGUGGGAACAAGUGAAACCUACCGACCACAAGCUAAAUGAAUACUGGGAAUUUCUCCACAGCAUAAAUAGAGUAAGCUGAGGCCUGCAGCUUUUAUUUGACAGCAGCAACUCUUUGGUCUUUUUGAAACGAUCUGAUGGAAAAGUAUCUUAUGGAAAGAUAGAUUUUUGGGAACGGAGAGUCUUGUAUAUAAGAAUGCCGCAAUGGGUGGUAGAAUUUUGAACCUUGCUUGGUAGAAUUGUGAACCAUCUAAUUAUUUUUACUGCCGGGUCUGCAGCGGACCAUUUUCAAGUUCAGUAAAAAACCACAUGGGUGCGGCUAUUGUCACCUUAUCUUCUUUGUUC